GUUGUACUUGCAGACAUCCAUGAUGAGUGCCGCUGCAGAACAUUCUUCACCAGUGUCAUCAGCGAUGAAGACACCAUAGAGCUGGUUCUUAUACACCACACCUGCCCCAGAGUCACCUCUACAGGUUUCCACUCCAACACGUUGUGCACAGAAGAUGUCUUGAUGGGAUUUUGCCAUGGAGGCGUCAUAUUUCAUAACAUCCAGCUCUGCACAAUGUAGGACUUUGGUGUUGGCAGCAGCAGGUGCUUCAGCAGCAGGUUCCCCAGCAGCAGGUUCCCAAGCAUCCGGUGCAGCAGGUGUAGUGGCAGCAUAACCUGCAAUAUGAACUGUUUGAAACUCUUCUGGUUUGGAUGUCUUCCCCCGAAAUUUGGUCAAAAACUGUGCACAAUCACCAAGAGGGAUUGGACCAAUCCCAAUUCCUGGUGAAGGGUACCAUGAGUUUUAUGGUGCUUUCAAGACAACUGGGAACUCAGAAAAAUACGAGGUCAACUCGUGACAUCAGUGAUUUUCAGGUUGGAAUGUCGGAGCUCUAGAAAGAGGCCUGAAUUCCCGAGUUGGAAUUUCGAGUUGGAUGACCGUUCAAAAAGAUGCUUCCCAGUCGGAGCUAAUUUUUUUCUGAGUUCCCAAUUGUCUUGAACGCACUGAAGUCGGAAGUCGGAGAUUUCCGAGUUCCCAGUUUCGAGUUCCCAGUUGUUUUGAAUGCUUCAUUAAUGCUCGAGGCAGACGGCAGGGUAUUCCCUUUGAGUCAGGAACCAAAACUCCUCUGUAGUGACCUGUGAAUGCAUUCGGUCACAUGACUGCUCGUUCAGCUGUUCGAUUUCACUUACCGGCAUGGUCAACUGAGCCAGGAUCACGGUCAAACGGAUUGGGAAGUAGGUCCCAAAGUGCUCUUCCAAGCAUUGGAGGUGAGCAGUCAUCACUCAUGUGGGACACUUACUGAUGCUGUUUUCUGUUAGAAACAUGCACAGCCGAGCGAAGGAGGCAUGGGUUCACUUUUUAAAGACGCCCUCUCCAAUAAGAGUUAUUUCCUCUGAAUCCACUGAUUCGGUCACUCAUCUGUAGAAUGUUUUUGUAUUUCCCCUGCAGGCUUGCGUUCAGUUCUUUCAGUUUCUAAAAUAUUUUUGUUACAUAGGCAAGGAGACACAUUCUCUUUUCAUUACACAGAAAGCCAACCAAGUCUGUUUUAUUUUGUUUUUUUUCAUCCAUUGUGAAUGACAACUGUUCCUCUCUCAAUGCAAAAAAUGUGUCCAACACUCGCCCUCGAUAACCACCAAGCAUCGGUAUGAAAUAGAACAUUGUCAGGCUUUGAUCCCAUAUCUCCACAUAGUUUUGCGAACAGUGGAUGUGGUUUGAUGUAGUUUACAAUCCAAGUUACCUGCUGCAGUAUAUGUCCGAGUUCUGUGCUCUGCCAGUUGCUCUCGGUGCAUCAUACAAUGCGUCCAUAUGGCAGAGGGAGACACGUUCAUAACUAGAGUGCAGAGGCCUGCCCGUCGUCCCGCCAUAGAUGGAGCCCCAUCUGUGAAAAAGCCCACCAUUCGAUCCCAUGGAAUCUGUUUUUUGUAUAUAGCCACGAGCACACUGAACAUCCCCUGUGCCCGUUCAUGCUCGUGAAUCGUGAGACAGAACAAUAUGUCCUUGUGAGUAGCAUCCCCCGACAUGUAUAGCGAACAAAGUCAUUAGAUGGGUAUCUCGGCCCUCACAGUUAACGUCCAUUUGGAGAGCAUAAGCUGGGACGUUUUUGAGUCGUUCAGUCAGUUUCCUCUUGAUUGUUGGCAAUAGCAUAAAUUAUUAGUUUAACAGUGUUAUCUGACAAAGGUGUUGAUGUGAGUUUCUGUGCCUCUGCCUCCCCACACAUUGUUUUCACCAUAUCAAUUGUGGCUGGUAAUAUCAGAGUCUCUGCAAUGGUGUGUUGUUUCAUAGCGUAGCAGGCCUAGCCAUUCACCGUGGGAAUGAUUUAAGUGCAAUGGUCAAGUGCGGCCUUUUCCCAUUAUCUAAGGGCCCUUUUUUAGAUUUGAAUAAUUUUCAUUUACAUUUUUAAGGUUAACCACAUUACAAUGAUAUUGAGAUACAAAGAAAAUAUUAUAAUAUAUAUUUUUGUAAAUACAGUAUGUCAAAAGUUUGGACACUUUCCAGGGUUUUCUUUAUUUUUACUAUUUUCUACAUUGUAGAAUAAUAGUGAAGACAUCAAAACUAUGAAAUAACACAUGGAAUCAUGCAGUAACCAAAAAAUUAUUCUACAAAUGAGAUUCUUCAAAGUAGCCACCCUUUGCCUUGAUGACAGCUUUGCACACUCUUGGCAUUCUCUCAACCAGCUUCAUGAGGUAGUCACCUGGAAUGCAUUUCAAUUAACAGGUGUGCCUUGUUAAAAGUUAAUUUGUGGAAUUUAUUUCCUUCUUAAUGCGUUUGAGCCAAUCAGUUGGGUUGUGACAAGGUAGGGUUGGUAUACAGAAGAUAGCCCUAUUUGGUAAAAGACCAAGUCCAUAUUAUGGCAAGAACAGCUCAAAUAAGCAAAGAGAAAUGACAGUCCAUCAUUACUUUAAGACAUGAAGGUCAGUCAAUCUGGAAGAUUUCAAGAACUUUGAACGUUUCUUCAAGUGCAGUCGCAAAAACCAUCAAGUGCUAUGAUGAAACUGGCUCUCAUGAGGACCGCCACAGGAAAGGAAGACCCAGAGUUACCUCUGCUGCAGACGAUAAGUUCAUUAGAGUUACCAGCCUCAGAAAUCGGCAAUUAACUGCCCAAAUAAAUGCUUCAUAGAGUUCAAGUAACAGACACCUCUCAACAUCAACUGUUCAGAGGAGAUGGUUUGGGAUGAGUCAGAUGGCAGAAUGAAAGAAAAGCAGCCAACAAGUGCUCAGCAUAUAUGGGAACUCCUUCAAGACUGUUGGAAAAGCAUUCCAGGUGACUACCUCAUGAAGCUGGUUGAGAGAAUGCCAAGAGUGUGCAAAGCUGUCAUCAAGCAAAGGGUGGCUAUUUGAAGAAUCUCAAAUAUAAAAUAUAUAUUUGUUUAACAUCUUUUUGGUUACUACAUGAUUCCAUAUGUGUUAUUUCAUAGUUUUGAUGUCUUCACUUUUAUUCUACAAUGUAGAAAAUAGUAAAAAAUAAAGAAAAACCCUGGAAUGAGUAGUUGUGUCCAAACUUUUGACUGGUACUGUAUAUAUACAGUGAGGGAAAAAAAAGUAUUUGAUCCCCUGCUGAUUUUGUACGUUUGCCCACUGACAAAGAAAUGAUCAGUCUAUAAUUUUAAUGGUAGGUUUAUUUUAACAGUGAGAGACAGAAUAACAACAUCGAAAAACAGAAAAACGCAUGUCAAAAAUGUUAUAAAUUGAUUUGCAUUUUAAUGAGGGAAAUAAGUAUUUGACCCCCUCAAUCAGAAAGAUUUCUGGCUCCCAGGUGUCUUUUAAACAGGUAACGAGCUGAGAUUAGGAGCACACUCUUAAAGGGAGUGCUCCUAAUCUCAGUUUGUUACCUGUAUAAAAGACACCUGUCCACAGAAGCAAUCAAUCAAUCAGAUUCCAAACUCUCCACCAUGGCUAAGACCAAAGAGCUCUCCAAGGAUGUCAGGGACAAGAUUGUAGACCUACACAAGGCUGGAAUGGGCUACAAGACCAUCGCCAAGCAGCUUGGUGAGAAGGUGACAACAGUUGGUGCGAUUAUUCGCAAAUGGAAGAAACACAAAAGAACUGUCAAUCUCCCUCGGCCUGGGGCUCCAUGCAAGAUCUCACCUCGUGGAGCUGCAAUGAUCAUGAAAACGGUGAGGAAUCAGCCCAGAACUACACGGGAGGAUCUUGUCAAUGAUCUCAAGGCAGCUGGGACCAUAGUCACCAAGAAAACAAUUGGUAACACACUAUGCCGUUGUUACGGAUACAGGUAUCCUGUGUUUUUGUGUGUUUCUCUCCUUCUGCCCUAAUCACAGGUGUCCUGUAUGUUCCUGAUUGGUGGUCGUUGAGGUGUCUGCUGAUUGGACCAAUCAGGGAACAUUCCUGUGAAUAGCACCACCUGUUACUCGUUUGUUGAAUCACACAGCCCAUUGUAUAAAAACCAGUCUUGUGUUUGUUGAGAGAGAGAGAGAUUUUUGCCAUAUGUGAGUAUGGACACGGUGGUGUCCUGUGUGUUGUGUACUCACUAAGUUGUUGGUUACCCUAUUGGUAACUUUGUUAGAAGCCAUUUCUUUAUGUGAGUGUGGAUACUGUGGUGUCCUGUGUAUUGUGUACGUACUUUGUUGCUGAUUACCCUGUUUGGUAGCUUUGUGUGUUUCUGGGAAAAGGGGAGUUUAAGCUAGUUGCCCUUGGGCGUACAUUACCCGUAGGAAGAAUUCUGUCUAAAAACACUAGUUAGACCUGAGCGGACCACCCACUGUACUUUUGUAUGACUAGCAGUAGCCUAGCGGUUCUUCAGGCAGGCUAGAUCAGUUUAGGGGGUUUUACACUAUUGUUUCAUUUCUUGGGUCCUGCUCAGCCCUUUUUCCCAAACCUUUACCGUGUGUUUAGUAAUAAACCAUUUGUGUUUGACGGUAGUUCAUGGUUGUUGUGUCACAUUUGUUCUCACUGCUCCAUGCCACACUACUAAUUUGCAUAAUUUAUGUUACGGGUCUCAUGUCCAUCCACCCUAGACGUUUAGAGCCACGGGGUUCGUAACAUAAAGUGGGGGCUCGUCUGGGAUACUAUCUAUCCCAUGUACUCAUGUAAAGUAGUAAGUGUCUGGUUCAGUGUUGAGCUUGGCAGCUGUAACUACCUGUUUUUUUUUUGUUCAGUAGUCGACGGCUCGUGUUGCUAGUAGGAUGGCUACUUUUGAGUUAGAGGCAUUUUUGGAAAACCCUACGUGGGAGGUUUUUGAGAAUUGCCGUAGAGUGGAUCUACAGGCUUUGGCUGACCACUUUUCAGUACCGAUAUCAAGGGUUUUAGUGAAAGCCGAAGUGAGGAAAGCGGUGUUAGAAAUAUUGUUGAGCGAGCGAGUGCUUGAGUUACCGCCGCCUGAGUCUGCUGCUCCUGUAGGGGAUGUGGUUGCUGAUCCUGUAAGCCCAUCAGUGUCUGAGGACGAGACUAAGGCUCCAGCCACAUUGCCCCGUUAUGACCCACUCUCCCCACUGACUGACAGUGAUGCCAGGAUCGAUGUCCGCUCGACACGGCUCCAAAUGGAGGCGGAAGAGCGGGCACAAAUCAGGCAAGACAAGCUGGAGAUGCGUAAAAUGGAGCUAGAGGCAGAACAGGAGACGCGUAAGCUAGAGGCAGAACAGGAGACGCGUAAGCUAGAGGCAGAACAGGAGACGCGUAAGCUAGAGGCAGAACUGGAGACGCGUAGGCUUGAUCAAGAACUGGAGACGCGUAAGAUGGAACUGGAGAUGCGUAAAAUGGAACUAGAGGCAGAAACAGCGAGGUUAGUCUCUGCUCAUACUAUGCCUGCUAGUGAGCCAUCCUCACCAGCUGUGUCAUCUGCUACGUUUGAUAUUAGUAGGCAGAUCACCUUGGUACCUGUGUUCAGGGAGUCAGAGGUUGAUUCCUAUUUCAGUGUGUUUGAACGUAUAGCGGUAGCAUUGAAAUGGCCCGAAGAGGUAUGGUGCCUAUUACUUCAGUGUAAGCUAACAGGUAAAGCCCAAGAGGUUCUGGCAGCGCUACCUCUUGAAGACAGUUUGAAUUAUGAAGUGGUCAAAGCUACUGUUCUUCGUGCCUAUGAGCUUGUUCCUGAGGCAUAUCGACAGAGAUUUAGGUCUCAUAAAAAGUAUCCUACUCAGACUUAUGUGGAGUUUGCUAGAGACAAAGGAAAUAUGUUUGACAAAUGGCACAGUGCUAGUAAGGUAACUGAUUUUAACUCCCUACGGGAGUUAAUCUUGUUAGAAGAGUUUAAAAAUUGCUUACCGGAACGCAUUGUAGUUUAUCUGAACGAACAGAAAGUAUCCUCACUGUCGGAAGCGUCUGUAUUGGCAGACGAGUUUGUGUUGACGCAUAAGAGCGUGUUUUCAGCUCGUACGGAGAGCAGGGCUGCGGAGUUGCUAACUUUUAGUCCUAGUCGACCAGCAGUACAUCCAGCACGCCCAAAAGAUGUGCGUCACUGUUUCUAUUGUCAUAAGGUGGGACAUAUGGUUAAUGAUUGCUUUCUGCUAAAACGCAAACCGGGGAUGCCUCAGCACGCCAGGCCGCCAACGGGUGUUGGGCUGAUUCGUACGGUUGUAAGGCCGGAAGCAAGACAGAAGCCUCAUAGUGAAUGUGGUUUGAAAGUCCCUGUCCCAGAUCACAGUUAUGAACCAUUCAUUUUUGAGGGGUUUGUUUCUAUAUCAGAUGAUGAAGCGUCUCGGCGUCCAGUUAGAAUCCUCAGAGAUACUGGUGCGGCGCAGUCGUUCAUACUAUCUGAUGUGUUGCCCUUGUCCAAUAAUACAUAUUGUGGUUCCAGUGUGUUAGUACAAGGAAUUGAAAUGGGUUUCGUCCCAGUGCCAUUGCACUUUGUGAACGUACACUCUGAGUUAGUCAGUGGAUUGUUCAGAGUUGGCGUACGUCCUAUGUUGCCAGUAAAAGGUGUGACAUUUAUAAUGGGCAACGAUAUUGCCGGAGGAAAGGUGAUACCCGUAUUGGAGGUAUUGGAUAAAAGUGACCAGUCUCUCUCCGAGGAGCUGGCACAGGGUUAUCCAGAUGUGUUCCCCGCUUGUGCUGUCACACGUGCUCAAGCACGACAAGUGGGUGAAGUGGUAGAUUUGUCAGACACGAUUCUAUUCAGAGAGUGUGACCCAGAGGAUAGUUCGGGUGCUACCUCUGGUAAGCUGGUGCAGUCUGACCAACAGCCCAGAGAAAGGAAGAAGGAUGUGGAACUUGUUGCUGAGGCAAUACAGUUACCAGUUACUCGUGAGCAGCUGAUCGCUAACCAACAGGUUGACAUUAGCCUGGCUAAAUGUUUUUCUAGUGUUGUCUCAGAGGACGAGCUAAAGAAGAAAAACAUGGCAUACUUCAUUGAUGGUAAUCUCCUCAUGCGUAAAUGGACAUCCCAUGUUGACGCUGUCGAAGAUUGGAAUGCUGUUUACCAAAUAGUGAUUCCUACAGCCUUUCGACAAAAUGUUUUAUCCCUCGCUCAUGAUCACCAGUGGUCCGGACAUCUGGGAGUCACCAAGACUUAUGAUCGAGUUUUGCGACAUUUCUUUUGGCCUGGCUUAAAACAAGAUGUGGCUCAGUUCUGUCGGACUUGCCACACCUGUCAAGUAGUUGGGAAACCGAACCAGGUUAUUUCCCCCGCGCCUCUUUGUCCCAUACCGGCCAUAGGUGAACCCUUCGAACAUGUGAUGGUUGAUUGUGUUGGACCAUUACCAAAAACAAAAUCUGGUAACCAGUUUAUGUUGACAAUUAUGUGUGUGGCCACCAGGUACCCAGAGGCCAUUCCUCUGCGAAGGAUUACUGCUCCGGUGGUGAGUAAAGCGUUGAUCAAAUUCUUCUCAACUUUUGGAUUACCUAAGGUGAUACAAACUGAUCAGGGUACGAAUUUCCUUUCUAAACUUUUCAAACAAGUGUUAAAAUCCUUGUCAGUUACCCACCGUGUGUCAAGCGCAUAUCACCCAGAGUCUCAGGGUGCGCUUGAACGUUGGCAUCAGACCCUGAAGUCUAUGCUCCGUAAAUAUUGCUUGGAAUCUGAGAAAGAUUGGGAUGAGGGAGUUCCUCUAGUGUUGUUUGCUGUCCGUGAGACAGUACAGGAAUCCCUAGGGUUCAGCCCAGCUGAACUGGUGUUUGGACACACCAUGAGAGGACCUAUGAAAGUCCUUAAGGAUCAGUUUUUGUCACAAGAGUUGUGUGUGAAAGAAAAUGUGUUGGACUACGUUAGUCGCUUUCGUGAGCGCCUACAUGCUGCCUGUGCUAUAGCAAAGGAAGCACUGUCUUCCUCACAGAAAUGGAUGAAACGACACUAUGACACACAGGCUGUUUCUCGUUCACUGCAGCCAGGUGAUCAAGUUCUUGUAUUAUUGCCUGUGCCAGGAGCGUCAUUGUCAGCACGUUUCUCUGGUCCUUAUGUCAUUGAAAAGAAACUAAGUGAAACUGACUACGUGAUACAGACUCCUGAUAGAAAACGCCAAUCUCGUGUGUGCCACGUUAACAUGUUGAAGACAUACCACACCAGACCCGUCACUCAGGUAGACAGUCCAGAGAAACUGGCCGAGUCGGCUGUCUCUGUUGCUGCUACGGCUGUAGUGGGAGGUCAUGCUAAUGAUGUGGACGGAGAUGGUUUGGAGUUGCGCAAUACUCAGCAGCAGUGUGCUAGAUUGCCCAAUUCAGAGAUGCUGCUGUCUCUCCCAUCAAGCCUGAUUCAUUUAACGGACAGACAGUCAGAUGAUAUUGUGAGACUAUUACACAGCUUUCCAUGUCUUUUUAAUGAUGUUCCUACAUGUACAAAUGUGUUAGAACAUGACAUUAAUGUUGGAAACGCUGCACCUAUCAAGCAACAUCCUUAUCGUGUCAACGUCGCUAAGAGAAAGAUAAUGAGGGGUGAGGUCGGUUAUUUGCUGGAGAAUAACCUGGCUAUGCCAAGUUCAAGUCCUUGGAGUUCUCCGGUGCAUUCUGGUUCCUAAACCUGAUGGGACAUCCAGAUUAUGUACGGACUAUCGGAAAGUCAAUGCUGUCACAGUGCCCGACUCGUUCCCGUUACCCAGACUGGAUGACUGUAUUGAUACUGUUGGUGCUGCUACUUAUGUAACCAAACUAGAUCUUCUAAAAGGUUACUGGCAGGUGCCAUUAACCCCACGUGCCUCCGACAUCUCUGCCUUUGUGACCCCAGAUCACUUCCUGCAAUAUGCUGUCAUGGCAUUUGGGAUGCGGAACGCCCCAGCCACUUUCCAACGCCUGGUUAACACAGUAUUGGCUGGAGUUCCUAAUUGUAGUGCUUACCUUGAUGAUCUGGUAAUUUAUUCAACUGAGUGGUCUGAUCAUGUUAACACUCUAAGGGUAGUGUGUGAACGUCUAGCAACCGCUUCUCUAACCCUGAACUUAGCAAAGUGCGAGUUUGGGAAGGCCACUGUUACUUAUCUUGGUAAACAGGUCGGCCAUGGUCAGGUGCGCCCUGUAGAUGCCAAGGUCUCGGCUAUAAACGCAUUUCCCGCACCUACCACCAGAAGAGAGCUCCGCCGCUUUUUAGGGAUGGUUGGCUACUACCGUAGUUUCUGUAAAAAUUUCUCUGCGGUAGUUGCUCCAUUAACGGAUUUGCUCAGUCCGGCGAGAAAAUUUGUAUGGUCUGAAGAUUGUAGUACUGCUUUCAACACUGCUAAAGCACUCUUAUGUAGUACUCCUGUUCUUGCUGCGCCAGAUUUUGAACGACCGUUUAAACUGGAGGUAGAUGCAAGUGCCAGAGGUGCUGGUGCUGUUCUACUGCAGCAAGACCAGAGUGGAGUGGACCAUCCUGUCUGUUAUUUUUCACGGAAAUUUAACAAAUGUCAGACAAACUAUUCCACCAUUGAACAAGAAGCUCUAGCUUUGUUGUUAGCUCUGCAGUACUUUGAAGUUUAUGUUGGUUCCAGUGCAUUACCAGUGAUAGUGUAUACUGAUCAUAACCCCUUAGUUUUUCUCCACCGGAUGUACAACCAGAACCAACGCCUUAUGCGUUGGGCACUUGUCGUGCAAAAUUAUAAUUUGGAGAUCCGCCACAAAAAGGGGUUGGAUAAUGUGUUGGCAGAUGCUUUGUCUCGUGUUUGAUGAUCUAGGUUUUUUGUGUUAUCCCGGCAGGAUGAUUAUUGAAAUUUUGGGUGUUGUGAUAGUACGUGUGUCGCAAACCAUUUUGGUUUGCUCUUUUAAGGGUGGGAGUGUUACGGAUACAGGUAUCCUGUGUUUUUGUGUGUUUCUCUCCUUCUGCCCUAAUCACAGGUGUCCUGUAUGUUCCUGAUUGGUGGUCGUUGAGGUGUCUGCUGAUUGGACCAAUCAGGGAACAUUCCUGUGAAUAGCACCACCUGUUACUCGUUUGUUGAAUCACACAGCCCAUUGUAUAAAAACCAGUCUUGUGUUUGUUGAGAGAGAGAGAGAUUUUUGCCAUAUGUGAGUAUGGACACGGUGGUGUCCUGUGUGUUGUGUACUCACUAAGUUGUUGGUUACCCUAUUGGUAACUUUGUUAGAAGCCAUUUCUUUAUGUGAGUGUGGAUACUGUGGUGUCCUGUGUAUUGUGUACUUACUUUGUUGCUGAUUACCCUGUUUGGUAGCUUUGUGUGUUUCUGGGAAAAGGGGAGUUUAAGCUAGUUGCCCUUGGGCGUACAUUACCCGUAGGAAGAAUUCUGUCUAAAAACACUAGUUAGACCUGAGCGGACCACCCACUGUACUUUUGUAUGACUAGCAGUAGCCUAGCGGUUCUUCAGGCAGGCUAGAUCAGUUUAGGGGGUUUUACACUAUUGUUUCAUUUCUUGGGUCCUGCUCAGCCCUUUUUCCCAAACCUUUACCGUGUGUUUAGUAAUAAACCAUUUGUGUUUGACGGUAGUUCAUGGUUGUUGUGUCACAUUUGUUCUCACUGCUCCAUGCCACACUACUAAUUUGCAUAAUUUAUGUUACGGGUCUCAUGUCCAUCCACCCUAGACGUUUAGAGCCACGGGGUUCGUAACAGCCGUGAAGGACUGAAAUCCUGCAGCGCCCGCAAGGUCCCCCUGCUCAAGAAAGCACAUAUACAGGCCUGUCUGACGUUUGUCAAUGAACAUCUGAAUGAUUCAGAGGAGAAUUGGGUGAAAGUGUUGUCGUCAGAUGAGACCAAAAACUCAACUCGCCGUGUUUGGAGGAGGAGGAAUGCUGCCUAUGACCCCAAGAACACCAUCCCCACCGUCAAACAUGGAGGUGGAAACAUUAUGCUUUGGGGGUGUUUUUCUGCUAAGGGGACAGGACAACUUCACCGCAUCAAAGGGACGAUGGACGGGGCCAUGUACCGUCAAAUCUUGGGUGAGAACCUCCUUCCCUCAGCCAGGGCAUUGAAAAUGGGUCGUGGAUGGGUAUUCCAGCAUGACAAUAACCCAAAACACACGGCCAAGGCAACAAAGGAGUGGCUCAAGAAGAAGCUAAUUAAGGUCCUGGAGUGGCCUAGCCAGAGGGAGUUGAAGGUUCGAGUUGCCAAACGUCAGGCUCGAAACCUUAAUGAGUUGGAGAAGAUCUGCAAAGAGGAGUGGGACAAAAUCCCUCCUGAGAUGUGUGCAAACCUGGUGGUUAACUACAAGAUACGUCUGACCUCUGUGAUUGCCAACAAGGGUUUUGCCACCAAGUACUAAGUCAUGUUUUGCAGAGGGGUCAAAUACUUAUUUCCCUCAUUAAAAUGCAAAUCAAUUUAUAACAUUUUUGACAUGCUUUUUCUGGAUUUUUUUGUUGUUAUUCUGUCUCUCACUGUUCAAAUAAACCUACCAUUAAAAUUAUAGAAUGAUCAUGUCUUUGUCAGUGGGCAAACGUACAAAAUCAGCAGGGGAUCAAAUACUUUUUUCCCUCACUGUAUAUAUAUAUAUAUAUAUAUAUAUUAUUUAUUUUUUAAAGGUUUUUUGAAAUUCUCCCGUGACUCCAUUUUCAUAUCAGGCGACCCCACAUGGUGUUGCGACCCCUAGUUUGGGAGCUGCUGUGUUAGUUUAUCAUUAUUCACGAUUCAUUCAUGAUUAUCUGUAAUCAUGGUAGCAUCCACAUUAAUGUAGAAGUGUUCAGAAAACGAUUAUAUUCUUAUUUAAAAUAAAAGUUACUCCAAAAUUACACUACAUUAUAUACCAUUCAUUUCUAUUGGGCACAACAUAAUCUGAAACACAACCAAAACAAACAAGUUUGUAGAGUCGUAAGCUUGAUGUGGUCAUUGCGUGAUAGGAAUACGGGACCAAAUACUAAAGGUUGAACUAAAUGUAAUACACUACAAGUGAAUUAGUCCAAAUACUUAUGACACCUUCAAAUGGGGAGACUGGUAAAUAAAGUGUAUUCAUUUCUAAAUGCCAAAACGGAUAGGCAUAUGUAUGAAAAUACCCUCAAAUAGAAGGUUGCAUUCUGUACUGUCACCUCAUAUAAAACAUUUGAUCUCAAAUCCAAAAUGCUGGAGAAUAGCCAAAUUAAAAGUUUUAGCUUCACUGUUCAAAUAAAUACGUAAAUAGCCUACUCUCUCUCUCUCUCGCUCUCUCUCGCACACACGCCGUGACCCUAUUGACCAUUGUGGUUUAUCUCGUUAUUGCAGCAGCCCCCGUUAAACCGGAGCCUGGUUACUUGGAUACCCGACCGGGAUGCUGCUCUUGCGACGUGCGUGAGCUGAAAUGUAGCAAAUCUCAGUUCAGACAAUGAGUUAAUAUGAUCGUUCUUCAGUGAUAUUGAAAGUUAUUAUCUAAUUCACCAAUAAUUAUUACUAUUGUUACUUUGUUAUAGCCUACAUUUUGUUAAUGUGAUUGAUCUCGUCAGCCUUUCUGCAAUUGGGAAAGUCGGGAUAGCCAAACAAGACCAUAGCAAGAAUUUGAAGAAGGGUGAGUUGUUUUUUCGUACAAUUAUUUCAACUUGUGGACAAAGAUCCUAACGAAUUCGAUACGAAAUUGAUACAUCACAGUCAUUGAUCAAUAAUAUUCUGGCAUUUUAUAUUUAACAAUAUAGAUAUACUUAUUAGGCUACAUUAGGCUAUGUCAUGUUAUGUUUUAUUUUCUUUCUGUGAUGUUUGUCAAAGCAUCAAGCGUGCGCAUGCAAAAAAAUAUACUGCAUGGUUCUCAUGGUUAUAGUUGGUUCCCAUGCAGUAAAUGCAAGUGUUCUUGCAGGACGUUUGUAUGUUAACCUCAUCGCAAACACAAUAAGCAUCUCAUCAUCAUCUUAAUCACCAUCAUAAUUUUGCAUCACCCUCCUCUUCCUCCUCCUCCUCUUCCUCCUCACUCCUCCCAUAACAUCCCUAUAGUACAGCGUCUAAAAAUAAAAUUGUGUGCAUCCCUAAUAUCAUAGGCUACAGAGUUCUGGCAGGCAGAGAAUGACUGAUUGGCCCAAAUCAUAGCCCUGCAAUCCACACAGUCAGCCAGUCAAUCAGCCAGCCAUCAGUCAGCCAGCCAGCCAGCCAGUCAGACAGUCAACCAAUCAGUCAGCCAGUCACACAGUCAGACAGUCAGCCAGCCAGAAAGAUAGUUAGUCAGACAGACAGUAAGUCAGGCAGCCAGCCAGCCAGCCACAGUCAGACAGUGUUUCAGUCAGUCAGCCUGUCAGACAGUUAGCAAGUCAGUCAGCCAGUCAGCCAGUAAAUCAGCCAGCCAGUCAGACAAUCAGCAAGUCAGUCAGUCAGAAACACAACCAAAACAAACACGUUUGUAGAGUCAUAAGCUUGAUGUAGUCAUAGCAUGUUAGGAAUACGGGACCAAAUACUAAACUUUUGACUAAAUGUAAUACACUGUGAAUUAGUCCAAAUACUUAUGACACCUUCAAAUGGGGAGACUGGUACAUAAAAGUGCUUUAAUAUCUAAAUGGCAAAACGGAUAGACCUAUGUAUGAAAAUACCCUCAAAUAGAUAUGUAUACUAUCACCUCAUAUAAAACAUUUGAUCUCAAAUCCAAAAUGCUGGAGAAUAGCCAAAUUAAAAGUUUUAGCUUCACUGUCCAAAUAAAUAUGUAUAGGGGAGUGUAUCAGAGAUAAAUAGUCUAUUCUCUCUAUCUUUCUCUCACUCCCUCUCGCUCUCUCUCUCUCGCGCACACACGCUGUGACCCCAUUGACCAUUGUGGUUUAUCUCGUUAUCGCAGCCCCAGUUAAACCUGAGACUGGUUACUUAGAUACCCGACCGGGAUGCUGCUCGUGCCCGUGCACGUGCUGAAAUGUAGCAAAUCUUAGUUCAGACAAUCAGUUGAUAUGAUCGUUCUUCAGUGAUAGUGAACGUUAUUACCUAAUUCACCAAUAAUAGUUAUUGUUGUUACUUUGUUAUAGCCUAUAUUUUGUUAAUGUGAUUGAGCUCGUUAGCUUUUUGCAACUGGGAAAGUCGGGAUAGCCUAAUAAGACCAUAGCAAGAAUUGGGUCAGUAGUAUUUUUCGUAUUUCAACUUUUGAAUAUAGAUCGUAACUCACUCACUCACUCACUGGAAGAAUCUCAAUUGAGACAAGUGAGACACGGGUGCCGGCCUGCGUAGAUGGAAACAGAAAUGUCUGAGUCUAUUUGGUGAAACACCAGGAUAAAUCCUCAAUGGAAUCUUCGCAUCAGUCAGCCACUCCCUCACUCAAUCACUCUCUCAAUCAGCCAGGCAGUCAGUCAGUCAGUGACCCUCCUCUUCCCAUUCAUCUACAUUAGUACACAUCUGUUCCUAUAUACAGACUGAGUGCUCAGAGAGACAGAACCAACAGUGAGAUAUAGUAAUACACACCCUGCCCUCACUCUCCUUCACUGCAAUUAGCAGUUCUGUUCUGUUCUCUCUCUCUCUCUCUCUCUCUCUCUCUCUCUCACUCUCUCUCUCUCUCUCUCUCUCCCUCCUUUCUCCUCCCCUCUCUCCCCCUUUCUUUCUCUCUCUCUCCCCUCCCUCCCCUCUCUCUCUCCCCUCCCUCCCCUCUCCCCUCCCUCCCCUCUCUCACCCCCCUCCCUCCGUUGAGGUUAUUUAUUCUCUCCAUCCAGCCCAACCAACCUCUUAGCGGCCCUUGUUUCCAUCCGCUGCUCGAUUGGCCAAUCUGGCCCCCAUUCAAAUGUGUGUGUUUGUUCUGCUUCACUUCAACUGAGGUGUUCUGUCAUGUGACGUAGGGACAUGUCAUGUUAAGCGCAGUUAUGUUGGCCAUCUGGGAAUUCAUAUAACGGUGUUGUAACAGCCUAUCUUGUCUUAUUGACAGACUUAAGUCUUGAACUAUUGAUAGUUCAUGUUUGGUGUCUCAUUAAAUCAGUAAAGCCAAAAUAAGUAUUUGUAAAAAAGAAUUGUCAUUUAGCAGACACUCUUAUCCAGAGCGACUUACAGUUAGUGAGUGCAUAGAUUUUCAUACUGGCCCCCUGUGGGAAACGAACCCACAACCCUGGCGUUACAAGCGCCAUUUUCUACCAACUGAGCUACAGGACACACACACACACACACACUCACGCACCCACACACACAUACACAGCCCUGAUUGCCUAAUGCCCUUUCUGCUCAAUGGAACGUCCUUCUCUACCCAGACCAAUUUAUUGGCCACUAGGGAAUGAUACUGUGACUGUCUAAAUCCUCUGUGCGUGUAUGUGUCCAAAUGCUCUAGUCCCAAUCCCCCUAUCACCCAGUCAGGCAGGCACAGACCCUCAACCUCUCAAAUUACAGGACUAAAGCUUUGUUUCAAUUAAAUGGUCAGGUGUGGCAUAGACAAAUGUAAAGUGAUAGCACGUCGGGAGACAACUUCCAUCAAUAUUCUCUAGGAGAAUGGUAAUAACAGGAGAAUGGUAAUAACAGGAGAAUGGUAAUAACAGGAGAAUGGUAAUAACAGGAGAAUCAUAAUAACAGGUGAAUCAUAAUAACGGGAGAAUCAUAAUAACAGGAGAAACCUAAUAACAGGAGAAUCAUAAUAACAUGAGAAUCAUAAUAACAGGAGAAUCAUAAUAACAGCAGAAUCGAAAUAAACAGGAGAAUCAUAAUAACAGGAGAAUCGUAAUAACAGGGGAAUUGUAAUAACAGGAGAAACGUAAUAACAGGAGAAUGGUAAUAACAGGAGAAUGGUAAUAACAGGAGAAUGGUAAUAACAGGAGAAUCAUAAUAACAGGAGAAUCAUAAUAACAGGAGAAUCAUAAUAACGAGAAUCAUAAUAAGAGGAUAAUCGUAAUAACAGGAGAAUCAUAAUAACAGGAGAAUCGUAAUAACAGGAGAAUCGUAAUAACAGGAGAAUCAUAAUAACUGGAGAAUCUAAAUAACAGGAGAAUCACAAUAACAGGAGAAUCGUAAUAACAGGAGAAUCGUAAUAACAGGAGAAUCGUAAUAACAGGAGAAUCAUAAUAACAGGCGAAUCAUAAUAACAGGAGAAUCAUAAUAACAGGAGAAUCAUAAUAACAGGAGAAUCAUAAUACGGAGAAUCGUAAUAACAGGAGAAUCAUAAUAACAGGAGAAUCAUAAUAACAGGCUUAACUCUGGAUGAAUCAAUGGUCACACAAACACAAGCAUGUGCGCUCAACCACCCGUCUGCACACACACACAUGCACACAGUCAAUCCCAUCCCCAAGGACCAUACGGCCUUAUUCAAAUGAACUAUUAGACAUGGAAGUAGAGGGUUUGCUAAACUAGUAAGCUAAGACCACAGGAUAUUGGGAUGAGUUUGACUCUAAGGGGUAAUCCGGGAUUCACACGACAUACAAAGUAGAAAGAUGGCUGUACCAAUCGCACAUUUCCCCUUUAAGACAAUUCAGGGAUCAGGGUAAAACUUUGUUCUAAGGUUUGAUCUGACCUGUUUAUGGAAUUAAAUGUCCAUGUUGGUUUUGAUCUAGCAAACCUCGAAUCAGGGCUUCGUGAGGCCUUUGUGCUUAUUCAAUUCUGCUGCUUUGUAGAAAGAAAAAAUGUUUUAUUAAAUUAAAUCUACCUCGUCCUGCACUUCCAAACCUGCAUUGGAGGAAACAGUGAAAUCGGUUGCAGUUUGCCCACUUAGAGAGGUGUGUGUGUGUGUGUAUCCAUGCAUUUGUGUCUGUGACAGGUUUGUCAUUUCUAACAACCCAAUUUCCCCUUUUAACCCUUUACUGCAGUGCGCUAAAUCAGGGUCACACAGAGUGUUUUUUGGUGAUCUUAAACAAAUCUACUUUGAAACAAACACCUCACACACAUGGUUAUGGUCUUACAGAAAAUAAGACACCUGUACCAUGUCAGAUAUACAGCUGAAAUGGAUUCAAUUUUGAGUUUGCAUUCCAAUAUUACACUUUAUAUACAUCACAGAAGACUGAAAUAAAACAAAACCGUUUGACAAAGAAACACCAGAUUUUCGGCGGCUUUUUAAAAAUAAUGUUUAUUAUUUAUGAAAUUAUGAACAAUAUUAAUAACAUUCCACCCAUGAGGCCACUAGGUCAUUUGGCAGCAGGAAAGGGCUACAAGUAAACUGUGUGUGUAUAUCAGUAACCCUCUCUAUAGAAGUCUGACCCUCUCUCUCUUUCUCUCUCUCUUUCUUUCUCUCUCUCUCAUUCUCUCUCCAAGCUGCAUUAGUCUCCUCUCUACACCAGUAUUCCUCAACAGUAGUACAGAUGCCAUUAUUCCAGCCUUCCACCUACCUCAACCAAACAGAUGGAUAAAAUGGGAAUAGCAGAAUGACAGUUGUCUUGCGUCACAAAUGGCACCCUAUUCCCUAUAGUGCACUACUUUUGACCAGGGCCCAUAGGGUUCCAGUUAAAAGUAUGUAGUGAAUAGGGUGCCCUUUGGGAUUCGUCCAGCUAUUGUAAUGCCAUACCAUGACAAGAUGUCCAUCCAUUAAUCUUAUCCCUCCCCCUCCAAUUUGUUCCAAAUGGGUAAUGUUGCACCUUUUGAUCGGGACCCGUGUCGCCAUGGUAACAAAGUUCCAGGAACACGGCUCUGUAGAGAGAGAUUGGCCUCUGUUUUUAAUGUGGCUUGUAGAGAUUAGGCUACUAGCUAUUGUGCCAGUUGUGCAAUGGAUCCCCCUAAAAAUAGGCAGAAGGCGUAUGGUUGUGUGUGUGUUUCUGUGUGUGUGUGUGUGUGUGCGUGCGUUUAAUAUUUGAGUGGAGGUGAAGUUAGAAAAGGCUUUUAGGGAGAAUCCUUCCCACCCCAUGUUCUAUCUGUGUAGUGUGAAGUGGUGUUAUAUGUCCUGAAGUGUGUGUGGUGUGUGUGUGUGUUGUGUGGUGUGUGUGUGGUGUGUGUGUUGUGUGUGUGUGUGUGUGUGUGUGCGCUGUGUGUGUGUGUCUGUGUGUGUGUCCGAUAAUAAGCACUGAGGUCUGUUGAUAGAGCGGUGCAGCUUUAUUGCUGAAAGUUUAGAGAAUUUUACAUUUUGUGGUCGUGUCUUCCAAGUUGUUUCCGUGGGUCGUAAAUAGCUGAAUUAGCAUGACACGAGCUGAAUUAACUGUGAAAGGCUUUGACAAUAAAACGUUUGGGGUACGCUCAGUGCUCAUUUCACAGAGAUGCUUGAUUUUAAGAAAAAUCUUUGAAAAAUAACUUUGCAUUAAUAUGAACAGCGUGUACUAAAAUAUGAAUCUUCUACAUGUCAUGUCUCAAAAUCAAUAUCUAUCUUACCUCUAUAUUGGUUUAUGUCCUCUGGAUUUGAGAAGAAGGAUGACUAGUUCAAUGGUGAGCCUGUCAGUUGGCCUUCAUUCUCUCACAGCAUCCAGCCUAGCUGACACAAUGCUAUUUUCCUGAUUUAUGACCACAUUUUAUUCUCAUGCCUCAAUUGAUUUAUUCACCCUCCUGCAAGGGUAAAAACACCAAUAACUUUGAAACAGAUUAUGAUAGAGACAUGAGGUUUGGACCAUUGGUUUUCUUAAAGGAUUAUCUACACAAUUAACAUAUUAUUCUACCCAUUGGUCAAAAUAUGUGUUUUUGAUUGGACACCCUAGUUUAUGCCCCAUGUAUCUUCCUCUAUGGAGGGUGGAGUGAUGUCAAUUCCUUUAUGUCUAAGAGCUUCUCUCUGUGGUCUAACAGAUCUAAGUUCUGUACUGUAUGAGUGGUAUAGACUGUGAGGUACAGUAGAGUGGUAUAGACUGUGAGGUACAGUGGAGUGGUAUAGACUGUGAGGUACAGUAGAGUGGUAUAGACUGUGAGGUACAGUAGAGUGGUAUAGACUGUGGGGUACAGUAGAGUGGUAUAGACUGUGGGGUACAGUAGAGUGGUAUAGACUGUGAGGUACAGUAGAGUGGUAUAGACUGUGAGGUACAGUGGAGUGGUAUAGACUGUGAGGUACAGCAGAGUGGUAUAGACUGUGAGGUACAGUAGAGUGGUAUAGACUGUGGGGUACAGUAGAGUGGUAUAGACUGUGAGGUACAGUGGAGUGGUAUAGACUUUGAGGUACAGUGGAGUGGUAUAGACUGUGAGGUACAGUAGAGUGGUAUAGACUGUGAGGUACAGUAGAGUGGUAUAGACUGUGAGGUAGCUCCUGUAGCUGGUCCUCUGUAGCUCAGCUGGUAGAGCACGGCGCUUGAAACGCCAAGGUAGUGGGUUCGAUCCCCGGGACCACCCAUACACAAAAAUGUAUGCACGCAUGACUGUAAGUCGCUUUGGAUAAAAGCGUCUGCUAAAUGGCAUAUUAUAUUAUUAUUAUAGGUACAGUAGAGUGGUAUAGACUGUGGGGUACAGUAGAGUGGUAUAGACUGUGAGGUACAGUAGAGUGGUAUAAAAUCAAAUCAAAUCAAAUUGUAUUUGUCACAUACACGUGUUUAGCAGAUGUUAUUGCGGGUGUAGCGAAAUGCUUGUGCUUCUAGCUCCGACAGUGCAGUAAUAUCUAACAAGUAAUAUCUAACAAUUUCACAACAUAUACCCAAUACACACAAAUCGAAGUAAGGAAUGGAAUUUAAGAAUAUAUACAUAUAUGGACAAGCAUUGACAGAGCGGCAUGGACUAAGAUUCAGUAGAAUAUUAUAGAAUACAGUAUAUACAUAUGAGAUGAGUAAUGCAAGAUAUGUAAACAUUAUUAAAGUGACUAGUGUUCCAUUUCUUAAAGUGGCCAGUGAUUUCAAUAGGCAGCAGCAGCCUCUAGUGUGCUAGUGAUGGCUAUUUAACUGUCAGAUGGCCAUGAGAUAGAAGCUGUUUUUGAUGCACCUGUACUGACCUUGUCUUCUGGAUGAUAGCGGGGUGAACAGGCAGUGGCUCAGGUGGUUGAUGUUGAUGAUCUUUUUGGCCUUCCUGCGACAUCGGGUGCUGUAUGUGUCCUGGAGGGUGGGUAGUUUGCCCCCCGGUAAUGCGUUCGGCAGACCGCACCACCCUCUGGAGAGCCCUGCGGUUGCGGGCGUACCAGGCGGUGAUACAGCCCGACAGGAUGCUCUCAAUUGUGCAUCUGUAAAAGUUUGUGAGGGUUUUAGGUGCCAAGCUACAUUUCUUCAGCCUCCUGAGGUUGAGGAGGCUCUGUUGGACCAUUUAAGUUUGUUAGUGAUGUGUACGCCAAGGAACUUGAAGUUUUCCACCUUCUCCGCUGCGGUCCCGUCUAUGUGGAUAGGGGGGUGCACCUUCUGCUGUUUCCUGAAGUCCACGAUCAUCUCCUUUGUUUUGUUGACGUUGAGUGAGAGGUUAUUUUCCUGGCACCACACUCCCAGAGCCCUCACCUCCUCCCUGUAGGCUGUCUCUUCAUUGUUGGUAAUCAAGCCUACUACUGUUGUGUCGUCUGCAAACUUGAUGAUUGAGUUGGAGGCGUGCUUGGCCAUGCAGUCAUGGGUGAACAGGGAGUACAGGAGGGGGCUGAGCACGCACCCUUGUGGGGCCCCAGUGUUGAGGAUCAGCGAAGUGGAGAUGUUGUUUCCUACCUUCACCACCUGGGGGCGGCCCGUCAGGAAGUCCAGGACCCAGUUGCACAGGGCAGGGUUCAGACCCAGGGCCUCAAGCUUAAUGGUCUGUGGAUCUAUUGGGGUGAUAUGAUUCUUGACUAGUCUCUCAAAGCACUUCAUGAUGACAGAGGUGAGUGCUACGGGGCGAUAGUCAUUUAGUUCAGUUACCUUUGCUUUCUUGGGUACAGGAAUAAUGGUGGCCAUCUUGAUGCAUGAGCAGCACAAACUGGCUCUAACCAGAAUAGAAAGUGGAGUGGACGCCUCACAGGUCCUCAACUGGCAGCUUCUUUCAGUACCCGCAAAACACCAGUCUCAAUGUCAACAGUGAAGAGGUGACUCCGGAAUGCUGACCUUCUAGGCAGAGUUGCGAAGAAAAAGCCAUAUCUCAGACUGCCCAUCUUAAUCUUUUAUUUUUAUUGGCCAGUCUGAGAUAAGUAUUUUUUUUUGCAACUCUGCCUAGAAGGUCAGCAUCCCGGAGUCGCCUCUUCACUGUUGACGUUGAGACUGGUGUUUUGCAGGUACUAUUUAAUGAAGCUGCCAGUUGAGGACCUGUGAGGAGUCUGUUUCUCAAACUAGACACUCUAAUGUAUUUGUCCUCUUGCUCAGUUGUGCACCGGGGCCUCCCACUCCUCUUUCUAUUCUGGCUAGAGCCAGUUUGCGCUGUUCUGUGAAGGGAGUAGUACACAGCGUUGUACGAGAUCUUCCGUUUUUUGGUAAUUUCUCGCAUGGAAUAGCCUUCAUUUCUCAGAACAAGAAUAGACUGAUGAGUUUCAGAAGAAAGUUAUUUGUUUCUGGCCAUUUUGAGCCUGUAAUCGAACCCACAAUUGCUGAUGCUACAGAUACUCAACUAGUCUCAAGAAGGCCAAUUGUAUUGCUUCUUUAAUCAGCACAGCAGUUUUCAGCUGUGCUAACAUAAUUGCAAAAGGGUUUUCUAAUGAUCAAUUAGCCUUCUAAAAUGAUAAACUUGGAUUAGCAAACACAACGUGCCAUUGGAACACAGGACUGAUGGUUGCUGAUAAUGGGCCUCUGUAUGCCUAUGUAGAUAUUAUAUUUAAAAAAUCAGCCGUUUCCAGUUACAAUAGCCAUUUACAACAUUAUCAAUGUCUACACUGUAUUUCUGAUCAAUUUGAUGUUAUUUUAAUGGACAAAAACAAGUACAUUUCUAAGUGACCCCAAACGUUUGAACGGUAGUGUAUAUAUUUUUCAUUUAUUCUUAUUUACAACUUUCUGUCUUUAAUUCUUUAAUUCUCUAGUGACCAUCUUCACGAAUUAUAUCAAGAUUUUUUUAACAUCAACUCGUAUAUAUUUUUUGACUGAAACAAAAACAACAUGAUUGACAAUAGGCUUUUAUCCAUCAGCAUGUGAUUGAUGGUUUCAAUAUUGGAGCAGGAUAUAGGAAGCGUGACGUGUCUGUUGUGUGACAGUUUAUGGGUACUACCUCUGGGAAAGUCUUCUUCAAACACACCCAUGGAUGUAUAAGGCAAACAUCUGGGAGGUCAAAACCCCAAACUGGACCAAUCCACAUUUGAGCCGGCCAUCAUGUCUCCAUCUCUCAUGUCAUAUUAACAUCUCUCUCUCUCUCUCUCUCUCUCUCUCUCUCUCUCUCUCUCUCUCUCUCUCUCUCUCUCUCAUCUCUCUCAUCUCUCUCCAUAUCUCUCUCUCUCUCCCUAUCUCUCUCUCCAUAUUUCUCUCUUUCUCUCUCUUUAUCUCUCUCUCUCCAUAGCUCUCUCUCUCUCGUUCUCUCCAUAUCUCCCUCCUCCUCAUUCUAUCACUCUUCAUCUCUCUCCAUCUCUCUUUCUCUCCAUCCCCCCAUCCCUCCCCUUCCUCACUCCCUUGUUCCCUCGUUCAACAGUUAAUCACCAACAGGGUUGUAAAAGUAAUGCCCUGUUCUCGACAUGAGUGUCUGGGUUGCGUCCUCUAAUAGAGAGCCAAUUACCUACCAUUACCAUUACUGCAGUACGUGUGUCAGUGCGUGCAUCCUUACAGCACCCACUUUAUUACUGCGGUACGGGAGUGCGUGUGUGUGUAUGUGUGUGUGUGUGUGUACAGCGUCCACUUUAUUAAGGAGCGAUGAUGGCGACUACAAAAACAACAAGUUGUGAACAGAUCCGCCUGGCGCCCACACCUGUCCAGGUCCUGUACAUGUUGUUGUUUUUCUGUUUCUUUCUCCAUUAACCUCCGCUGAUGUUGCUGCUGGGGUCUGUAGUUCAUGUAGUUCACAAUUAGAAUGGGUAACACUUUACUGUAGUUGUCCUAUGCACUAAGUAUUCAUAAAGCCUUUAUGACACAACACAUUAUAAUAUUUGUCAUAAGGACACCUGAAGUAGGGCCAUAUACAAUCCGCGAUGCAGAGAACGUGGACGGAAUCACGGAAUCCAGACAUUAAAAUGGAAUUCAACAAUAUUCAAAAAUGUAUUGAACAGUAGGGAAUCAACUAAAUCUAUUGAACUUAGUAGGGAAUCAACUAAAUGUAUUGAAAAAGUAUUACGUGUAUUAUAAGACAAGAACAGAAUGCAUCAGUGAUUCUUAUUUCCUGCAACGUUCUGAAGAGGCAACGACAAUUCCCUGUAUGUGAAUGUGUGGUACGCACCUACCACUUUGUGUAGCCGUUAGCGAUGAUGCUAGUGAAGUCUUCUGGUAGACAGAAAGGCUUUCCCAAAAACGUUUUCCAUUAAAUGUUAACUACAAAGUAGCCUAUGCUUAUCUGGCAGAAUGAUAUCAUGAUUAUUUGUGUCAAUCUAGUGGGUAUUUGUUUUGCAAACUCUACCAUCACGUGUGCUACACAGCUUAACAGCCUCUUGCUAGGUGUGCACUGGAAUGAAAGGGUAACUACACCCCAAAAUCUAAAUUUCAACAGACCUCAAAAGUGGUCUCCUGAUGUGGUUUAAGCAUUGUUGUUGACUUACAACAUCCAAUUUAGUUGUUUUUCUAUAUAAAAAGUGUGACUUUGAGAGCAAAAACCUGAAAAAUCAGGAGAAAACAGAAACCUAGAAAAACUAAAUGGAAAAAACUGAAUUUGGGAAAAAACUAAACCUAAUUUUGACUUUAUUAGUGGGCUAUUUUCUUUAAUAGUUGCUACUGUCCUCCAUUGUCUUGGAUGCUUUAACAGAAUAGUGUUGUUGUUUUGAGAAUGCAUAAUGAGAUCAGUAUUUUUUCUCUCACACACUUAUCUUGCUGUCUCCUAUACAGGUCCAUCUCUUCUGACCCCCAACAAUCUCACCUUUUUCUCUGUUUCUCCCAUACAGGUCCAAUUGCUACGCACUGAAGUCAACCUCAAACCACUCACCCAACUACCACAACCAACAACAUAUCAUCACCUCUGACCUCCAUGGAGCUUGUCCAAACGCCCCCGGUCAUCUACCUCCCCACAGCCGCCCCCUCCAUGCCUGGGCCCAACACCUCCACCUUCCCCCUCUCCCCCCUCCUCCUCCUCACCCCGGACGACGGUUUCUUCAAUAGAUCCUACCACAACUGGACCAACCCUGGCGGCGGAGGCGUAGGGGGUUUCCAACCCACUAUAGCAGGGGUCCUUAUCCCUCUCAUCUAUGUAGCUGUCUGUGUGAUCGGCCUGGUGGGCAACACAUUGGUCAUCUACAUUGUUUAACACUAUGUGAGGACUGAGUCGGUCACUAACAUCUAUAUACUCAACCUGGCCAUCGCUGAUGAGCUAUUCAUGCUAGGUCAGUGAUUUUUUUUUGUCAGUGGUUUUACUGUUUUAUUCAAAUUGUUGUUUAUUCAACUCUGUUAUUAGCCUUAUUUUGCGAGCUCACAUUCUGUUUCACUUGAAAUUAAACAAAAUAUGACCGCAGCAAUCAGUCUGCUUUCACCAGGAUACUCUUUUAUUGCCUCUUUUACUGUUUUCUUUCAUCUGAUUAUUUUACUGUAUUUCUUUCAUCUGAUUAUUUUAUUGUAAAGUGUGUUACACUUUUGAAUGCAGUUUUAAAUGCACUUCAAAUGCAAUGUAAGUGCGCGGUUUUAAUCGUUUUUAUGGGAUGGACCACUGUCAAUAUAGUUUGAUUUUAUUUUACUUCCCCUAGGCCUCCCCUUCCUGGCGGUCCAGAACGCUCUGCUCUCCUGGCCAUUUGGUUCUCUCAUGUGCCGUGUGGUCAUGACCGUGGACGCCAUCAACCAGUUCACCUCCAUCUUCUGUCUCACGGUCAUGUCCAUCGACCGCUACCUCGCAGUGGUCCAUCCCAUACGGUCGUCGUGGUGGAGGCGACCGCACGUGGCCAAGGCGGUGAACGCGACGGUGUGGGCGGUGUCGUUUGUGGUGGUGCUGCCCGUGGUGGUGUUCGCAGACGUGCUGGAGGAUGAUGGGAACUGUAGUAUAGUGUGGCCUGAGCCAGCUGAGGUCUGGAAGGCAUCAUUCAUCGUGUACACGUGCACGGUCGGGUUCUUCGGACCGCUACUCGUCAUCUGUCUCUGCUACCUGCUCAUCGUGGUCAAGGUCAGAAUGUCGGCCUACUUUCCCACUUAAGGGGAAAAAUAGCUCUUUUACACUAAUUGGGAGACCUUCCUGUUAUACUUAGACUGAACCAGUAUCUCCUUUAAAACAUAAUUGUUGUGUUACUAUACCUCCGUUGUUACAUGAAAUUAAUGUGUUCUGAUGUCUUUGUCUCAUAUUACCACUGAUUUAUUUAUAUUUCUCUUAAAUCAAACAGACAUUGUGCUGGGCAUUUGUUUUGAGGGGCGGGACCGCUUGGCCCUCUUCCAGGGAACCCUUCCUUGUGCGGUUCUCUACUCCGGCCCUGACCUGUUACAUCUGACAACAAACAGAUAUUUAUCAACAUCUUUAAUGUCUGGGUCAGGAGCCGGAGGGGAGGACACACUGGGAGUGGGUCUCUGUCAGUGGAGGCUGCUGAGGGGAGGACGGCUCAUAAUAAUGGCUGGAAUGGAGUCAAUGGAAUGGUAUGAACCACAUGGAAACCACGUCUUUGAUGUAUUUGAUGCAAUUCCAUUGACUCCAUUCCAGCCAUUAUUAUGAGCCGUCCUCCCCUCAUCAGCCUCCACUGGUCUCUGGGGAGGGGUAGAGCGGCCUGGGAGUGGGUCUCUGGGGAGGUGGUGGAGCGGCCUGGGAGUGGGCUCUGGGUAGGUGGUGGAGCGGCCUGGGAUUGGGUCUCUGGGGAGGGGGUGGAGCGGCCUGGGAGUGGGUCUCUGGGGAGGGGGUGGAGCGGCCUGGGAGUGGGUCUCUGGGGAGGGGGUGGAGCGGCCUGGGAGUGGGUCUCUGGGGAGAGGGUGGAGCGGCCUGGGAGUGGGUCUCUGGGGAGGGGGUGGAGUGGCCUGGGAGUGGGUCUCUGGGAAGGGGGUGGAGCGGCCUGGGAGUGGGUCUCUGGGGAGGGGGUGGAGUGGUCUACCCUACAGUGGCCUACCCUACAGUGGUCUACCCUACAUUUUUUACAUAUUUGAACAGUUUUUCACUUUUUAUAGUCAAUAUAUUGCUGAGUUAACCAUUAUAUUAUAUUUAAUUGUAAAGUGUGUUGAGAUGUUUUAACUGCCAAUAAAGUUGAAUUGUUUUGUUUUGAUUCUAAGGUGCGCAGCGCGGGGAAACGGGCCCGGCCCACCUCCUCAAGACGCAGGAAGUCCGAACGCAAGAUCACCCGCAUGGUGGUUGUCGUGGUAGCGGUGUUCGUGUUGUGCUGGCUCCCAUUCUACAUCCUCAACAUCGUUAACCUGCUAGUCCUGUUACCGGGUGAAUUCCGGGGGCUGUACUACUUUGUGGUGGUCCUAUCGUACGCUAAUAGCUGCGCUAACCCGAUACUUUACGGAUUCCUGUCCGAUAAUUUUAAGAGAGGGUUCCGGAAGGCUCUUUGUCGUUCUUCGAGGAGGGUGGAGAACCACGAGAGGGCGGCAGCCACCGAGCUGCAGCUCCCUGCGGAGCUCUGGAGGGGAAUUGCGCCCGAGCGGCGAGAUGGCCUGGGGGUCACCAAGGCUCAUGGAGGAGGGGAGGAAGAAAAGGAGGAGGAGGAAGAGGAAGACGGGAUAGAGAUGGAGAGAAGAGAAGACGUCACUCAGAUGACAGAGGACUGCAGGAUUGCACAGAACGGGAACGGUGGAGGACAAGUUGAGAGCUCCAGGAUCUUGUUCACACCGGGCGGAAAGGUGGAGACUGUACCCCAGGGGCAGAGGGCUAAAGCUGGGGAGGUGGCUGGGAAAGGCCCAGGCUUGGGGCCUACUGUCACUGUCUCCAAUCUUACCAAUGGAUCAAAGAGUAAAAGUAAUAGGUCACUUCCAGAGGAGACAGUGGAGAAGAGCACCAAGCUAGAGAUCAGCUACCUG